AUGUGGGCCCGCUGGCUGCUGCUGCUGCUGCUGCUGCUGCUGCUGCUGCUGCUGUGGCUUCUGCUUUGGACGCUUGUUGUGGAGAGGGUUGGGGUGCUGCUGCUUGCCUGCUGCUGCUUGCUGCUGGGCUGCUGCUGCUGCUGCUGCUGCUGCUGCAGUCCCUUCUACUGCCCGGAGCACCUAUUGAAGAAGUGGCACGGCUAUGCAGGAGGCCCAGGUCAGUCCCAAGCAGCUGCAGCUGCAGCAGCAGCAGCAGCUGCUGCUGCUGCGGCUGCUGCUGCUCCAGAGCCUAAGCGACCGCUACACGCAACAGCACGCCAGCAGCAGCGCCGGCUGAAGCAGCCUAGGCAGCAGCAGCAGCAGCAGCAGCAGCAGCAGGAAGCAGCAGCUUGCCUCGACUGUGCAGCAAUUCGCAUUGAUGCUGUCCUUACUAAGGGGUUGCAGCAGACGAGCAAAGCAGCAGCUGCUGCAGCAGCAAAAGCUGCAGCUGCAGCAGCAGCAGAAGAGGGUGGAAGCUACAAGGAUGAACUAGCAGCACUCGCCACAGGGAUCGCUGCUGCAGCUGACGCUGCUGCAGCAUUGUUAGGAGAUGCUGCUGCUGCUGCUGCUGCUGCAGCUGAUGAUGCUGCGUCGGCGACGGGCAGUCCCGGCAGCGAAGGCUGCAGCAGCGCGAGCUCUUUAGAUGAGCAGCAGCAGCAGCAGCAGCAGCAGCAGCUGCUGCUGCCAGCAGAGCAGCAGCAAAAGGCUGUGCGUCCGCUGCCCUAUCAAUUUCGCGUUGCUCCGCCGCCGCCGCCGCAGCGGCAGCAGCAGCAGCAGCAACGGCAGUACCUCAUGCAGCAGCAACUGCAGCAGCUGCAGCAGCAGCAAAAGAAUUUGUUCAGUGAGCAGCUCAAGGCUUUCCUGAACGCCAUAGGAUACAGAGCAGCAGCUGAAGAGCCAAGCCAGCAGCAGCAGCAGCAGCAGCAGGAAGAGCAGCAGCUGCUGCUGGAUCAGCAGCAAAAGGAGCAGCAGCAGCUGCAGUUGCACUACCAGGAAGGGCAGCAACAGCAGCAGCUGCAGCAGCUGCAGCAGCUGCAGCAGCAGCAGCAGCAGCAGAAAGAGCAGCAGCUGCUGCAGCAGCAGCGCUACGUACAGUGA